GCUGUGUUUGCUGUGUUUUCAUUACCACAAAAUGUCCCAGCAGCAGCAGCAGCAGCCACCUCGACCGACUGCCGCUCCUCCGCCUGCCCAGCAGCCAAAGUUCUAUCUGGGCGGCCUCGCUUCGAUGAUGGCGGCGUGCUGCACUCAUCCGCUCGAGCUGAUCAAGGUCCGAUUGCAGACGUUCCAGCAGAAGGGCAACACGCAGUUCCUGCCAACGCUCAAGCUGGUCGUCCGGGACAGCGGCGUUCUGGGAUUGUACAACGGCCUCUCUGCAUCGCUGCUGAGGCAGGCAACCUACUCGAUGAUGCGGUUUGGGUCGUACGAUGUCAUCAAGAAGCAACUCGAAGAUCCAUCUCGUCCAGGCGCUCCACUGACCGUGGGCUACAAGAUCACGGCCGGAAUUCUGGCAGGUGCGAUUGGUGGCUUGUGCGGAAACCCGGCAGAUGUCGUCAACGUUCGAAUGCAGGCGGACGGACGCCUGCCAGUCGAGCAACGAAGAAACUACCGCCAUGCCUUUGACGGGCUUCGUCGUAUGGUCACGGAAGAAGGCGCCGCGGCCUUGUUUAAGGGCGUGGUUCCCAAUCUGCAGCGCGCCGUUCUGAUGACUGCCGCGCAGCUGGCCACCUACGACCAGACCAAGCAGUUCCUCAUGGAGCAGUACGGGUGUAAGGACACGGUCCUAACACACCUGUACGCCAGCAUGGCCUCUGGGUUUGUGGCCACCGUCGUCACACAGCCAGUCGAUGUCAUCAAGACGCGCAUCAUGAAUUCCAAAACGGGCGAGUUUGCAGGACCCAUCGACUGCUUGCGGCGCACCCUUGCCGGCGAAGGAGCAUCGGCGCUGUACAAGGGCUUCUGGCCGGCGUACGCUCGGCUCGGUCCGCACACCAUUUUGACCUUUAUUUUCCUCGAAAAGUUGAAGCGAGUGCUCUAGGCAAUCAAUACAUUUAUGCAAAUAAUCCAG